AUGAGCCAUCAAGAUGGAAGUACUAUUUUUGAACACUUGGUUACAAAGGGGAUGGAUCUUUCGUACCGAAUGAAAUCACAUUGGAAUAAGCAUGGAGAGAAACAAGAAAGUGCUGAGAAGCUUGAUUAUGAAGCCAUUACGGACGAGACAUAUAACUUAUUCCAAGCUGCCUACUUUUUGGAUGAAGAACUUGUCCAGCCUAUACCUAUUAAUGAACCUACUGAACAUGGGCAUGGUGACGAGUUCAUAAGGAGACUAGAAGAAACACAAACUCCUUUGUAUACAGGCUGUGAAAGUUACACAAAGUUGUCAGCCAUUGUAGAUUUGUAUGGACUCAAAGGCAAGAGUGGAUUAUCAAGUAAACAUUUCAAUGAGUUGUUAGAUAUCAUUAAACGUAUGUUGCCAAAGGACAAUGUUUUGCUAGAUUCAGCCGCCUCGAUUAAAAGCUUCCUCAAGAUAUUUGACAUGGGGUAUGAAAAAAUUCACGCUUGUGUGAAUGAUUGCUGUCUCUUUAGAAAUAAGUAUGAGGAUCUGGACAACUGUCCAACAUGUGGUGCUUCAAGAUGGAAGAUAAAUAAGCGUACUAAAGAAAUCAGAAAAGGUGUUCUAGUUAAGGUUUUGAGAUAUUUUCCUAUUAUUCCUAGAUUUAAAAGGAUGUUUCGGUCUUCACAAAUGGCUAAAGAUUUGAGAUGGCAUUUUGGUAACAAAAGCACUAAUGGGAAAAUGCGUCACCCUGUUGAUUCUUUAGCUUGGGACCUGGUUAAUGAUAAAUGGCCCUCAUUUGCAGCUGAUCCACGCAAUCUCAGACUUGGACUUGCUAUUGAUGGUUUCAACCCGUUCUCCAUCUUAAGCUCUAAAUAUAGUUGUUGGCCGGUAAUGCUUGUAAAUUAUAAUUUGCCUCCUAUGUUGUGCAUGAAGAAAGAGAAUAUUAUGCUAACAUUGUUGAUUCCUGGUCCAAAGCAGCCGGGAAACGACAUAGAUAUUUAUCUGCAACCACUUGUAGAUGAUUUGCAAUUGUUGUGGGAGAAUGGGGUUGAGGCUUAUGAUGCAUUUAGCAAAUCAAUUUUCAAUUUGAAGACAAUGUUGAUGUGGACUAUAAAUGACUUUCCAGCAUAUGGAAAUCUUGCUGGUUGUUCUACAAAAGGAAGAAAAGCAUGCCCUAUAUGUGGGAAAAAUACACAUCAUAGAUGGUUACGCUUCAGCAAGAAGUUUUCAUACAUGGGUCACAGGAAAUUUCUGAAACCCUCUCAUCCAUACCGAAGAAAGAAAUCGUGGUUUGAUAAUAGUGUAGAGCAUGGCAGCAAGCCCAGAGCCCUAACAGGUCACAAUAUUUCUGCUAUUCUAAAUGACUUUCCAAAUGAUUUUGGAAAAGGAACUUCUAUUACGUUAUAA